AUGUCUACUGAAGAUAAGCUGGUUUGUGAGGCAGUAGUUGAAAGGAAAGGGAUAGGACAGGAAGACAGAGAUGAUUCAGGAAUCAGUGAUUAUGGAUUGUCAUUAGAUAGCCCAUUAGCACACUCAACUAGUUAUCCCGAGGCACCGGGACAAACGACGAGAGAUAAGCCAGUUUCAGAGGGUGCAGAUAUACGGUCAAUGUUGGCAGCCUUGCUAAAAAGAAAUAACGCAUCAUUAGAGAAAAGUUUACAAGAAAACAACGCAUCACUAAAGGAAGAUUUACGAGAAUCAUUAGAGAAGGGUUUACAAGAAACAAGAGAAUCACUAAAGGUUUUACAAGAAAAUAACGCAUCAUUAGAGAAAGGUUUACAAGAAACUAGAGAAGAGGGAAAAAUAUUCCGCGAAUCAUUAGAAAAGGGUUUACAAGAAAGCUUGGAGUCAUUUAAGGAAACUAUAGCACAAGAGAUCAAAACAUCGCAAAUGAAGAUAGAAUAUAAUCUGAAGAAGGAAAUGCAGGAGCUACAAGAACAGUUGAAAAUGGACAUCAACGAGAGAGAGAGUAAGCUACAGAAGAAUAUAGACCAAAUCCAGGGAGACGUGGAGAAGGUGGAAGGAAAGUCAACAAAAAAGAUAGAAGAUGAUAUUGAAGAAACGAAAGCCGAAUUGGGAGAAAGAAUCAACGAAGUAGAAACAAAUUGCAAUCAUCGAAUCGCCGAGGUGACGCAGAUGCAGAAACAAUGCAAUGAUGCGGUUAAGGGGAUAUGA